AUGCUGUUGCUGCUGGGCCCCGACGGCCAAGAUGACGCGGCCAAGUGGGCGGCUGUGCUGGACCGUCUACGCGCCGAGCUGCAAGCCGACAAGCCUAUCGAGCAGAGCGUUGACUCCCUCAACGGGUUGCUCAAGAGCGCCAAGGCCAAGAAUAUGGUCGCCAUUCAGCGCGUGGCAGCGGCUCGCUUUGCAUUCGACACGGCACGCGAGGUGCCCCAGACGGCCGAGCAGGACGAGGCCAAGGCAAAGCAGCUUGUCAUCGAGACCACAGAGAAGCUCCGGCAGGCGGCGCACGUGGCGCUGCCAGCCGAGACCGAGGAGCUGCAGUCCAUGGCGCAGGUGGUGGUCAAGCUCAAGCAGGCCUCUGCGGCCCAGGCGGCGCCCGCUGCUGCUCCCGAGGCCCAAGAGGUGCGCCGCCUACGCCGCCUUCCUCGGAAUAUGGGGGCUGCGUGGAUGUGGAUGCUGGCGUGGCUGAUGCGCGCGUGGACUUCCUGGGCGAUGGGACGCGUCGCGAGCACCUCAGGGCCUGCGGCGUCGAGGUCGCUGAAAGCGCGGAGGGCGGCAAGCUGUGGGCCCAAGAGGCACCUCGGCUCCGUCGCGUCCGUGGCCAAGAAGCUCAAGGCGUCACCUGCAGAUGCUCAGUGUACUCAGGCUCCUCAGUGUCGCCAUAAUGCCGGAUUUCGCACAUGCAGGGGGGGUGGCCUGCUGCUGCCCCUCGUGCGUAUAAUUCCCAACAUAUCGUCUCACAUGGCGGUCGGUUUCCUGUGGGCGAAGCGGAUGUGUCUCAGUUGCACGCGCAGGCGCACCAAGCGCAAUGGUCAGCCAUUAAAUAUCAUGAAUGCCAGCCAGCGCAUCGAAUCCCAGAGCAUUGCGACAGCGGGCAAAGGCCACCGCCGGGCGGACAAAGACGCGCCGGUUCCUUCUGAUGGUGUUAGUCAUAUUGCGUCGACGUCUACAGCUGCGACGGCGACGAUGCCCAACUUGGCUGGACACUUUGGCUCGACUGUGUCACGACAAGGUCGGUGUCACGGUGAGGGGUAUGCUCUCAUGCCCUCGCAGAGCAAUCCGCAUAAUAAAUGCAAGUGCGCUACGGACGUCACGCUGAACGCCGGCAACCUCAGGCCGUGCGUUGAUUGCAUUGCCGAUGCGAGCGCGCAGAUCGCUCUUGCACGAGAGUUGUAUGCGCCUGUCGACCUGAUGACAGAUCGGCAGAGCCAGGUGGGUGACACCAGCUAUCGUGGCAUAUAG